CGCGGGGCGGGUGUUGUCGUUGUCGGUUCGGUGUCGCGCAGGUUUCGCGCGACCGAGAGGUGGAGCGUUUCCGCGGGGGAGCUUUGCUCGUGCACGGAGGACCGCGCGAAGAUGCCGCCGAAGAAGCGGGAAAAGGAUCUCGACGGACAGAAGGGACCACGUAUGGAUCAGAUUCAGGCCGAUCACGAGCUAUUUCUACAGGCCUUUGAAAAACCAACACAGAUUUACCGAUUCCUUCGCACAAGAAACCAAAUUUCUCCAAUAUUUCUGUACAGAAACUUAACAUAUAUGCGGCAACGUAUGUCCAGAAGUCACAAAUCACGGCGAGGAUUUAAGAUUGACACGAUUCUAGAUAAGUUAUUAGCGAAAAAGAAACAAGAACAGAAUCUCGAUGUUCGCGGGUACAUGACUCUUACAUUUCUAGGAUUUUACGAUAAAAGAGUUGAGAUUUCGCAAGAUCCAGUCAAAGUGGAAACGUUGUUGUUGAAAAUCUGCCAUAAGAAAAGGAAAGAUGUCAGCUCGCCUAUCAUGCAGGUUUCAGUCGGUACAAGCGAGGUCCCGAUUAACCCAUCCGAGAGUCAGCCUCCGCCGAAGGCACCCACGAUUUCCAUACCUAAUGAAUCUUUUAGCUUAAACAACGGUCACAUAGCGAAAACUUACAUGCUCUUGCUCAGGGUUUAUUGCAUGUCUAACAAUGGCUGCCUUAUAAAUAACUGUGAUUUAGAAGAACCAGCUCAAAAACGUCGUAAAUCGUCUACGGGCUCGAUCAAGACUGCCGGCGAUGAAGUAAAACAGUACGGCUCGGAGCUCACUGUCUAUGACAAACACAAUCGAUGUCUAUUAACGGAUGGCGAGUACGAGUUGGGUUUGCAAGAAGUGCAGACCAACAUUAGGUCCAGUCCUAAGAAGCACAAUUCUUGGGAGACUGUAAUCGAUAUCAAGGAUUGUGAACCAUUCGAGAUGUUUAAGCAGGGACCGACUUUAAAGUUUCGGCUCAGCUGGACCACAGAGCCAAGCAACGGUUUAGUGGACAGACCGAUGCCAAUACCUUCGAUACCAAAUGGCGAUAAUAAAGAAAAUCGGUCGGUCAACGCUGGUUUCGAGCGUUCCUCUUCUGUAAACCAUAAUAAUAAUAGUAGCACAAACAAUAACAAUAACGCGACACUGCCAACGCCUAGUCCGCUAACACCCUCGUCGAGAAUGAGUGUCUCCAACGAAAAGGUGGAUACUAAUGCUAAUGGAACUCAGCAAAUAGUCUAUCAAUUUUUGUACAAUAAUAACAGCCGGCAACAGACAGAGGCCUGCGAAGAUCUACACUGCCCCUGGUGCUCCUUGGAUUGUGGAAAACUGUACUCUCUAUUAAAGCACUUGAAACUGUGUCAUUCACGAUUCACAUUCACAUACGUGCCAAUUCCACAAGGUGCCCGAAUAGACGUAGCAAUAAACGAAUGCUAUGAUGGUUCGUAUGCAGGUAGUCCUCACGAAUUAAUUUCGCAACCAUCUAGUGCACCUUUUUCAAGGACAGGACCAACCAGGCGCACAAGCGUGACAAAUAUUUUGGUGUGCCGUCCGAAGAGAACGAAACCGAGCCUGUCCGAAUUUCUGGAGCUUGACGAAAACGAGUUCGAGAGCCAGAGACCUUAUAUCACAGGUCACAAUAGACUGUAUCAUCACACAGUUACAUGUCUGCCUAUAUAUCCCAAAGAGAUGGGCAUCGAUUCCGAAGGUGAAAACGAUCCCAAGUGGUUGCAAACAAAGACAAUGAUGAUGAUCGACGACUUCACGGACGUGAACGAGGGCGAGAAGGAGCUGAUGAAGAUGUGGAAUCUACACGUGAUGAAGCACGGAUACGUGGGAGACUGCCAGAUACCACUAGCUUGCCAAAUGUUCUUAGAGAGUAAGGGAAAGGAGCUGCUCAUGAAGAAUCUCUAUCGCAACUUUGUACUGCACAUGUGCAGUCUGUUCGAUUUUGGUUUGAUCAGUCCGGUGAUACUGUACCAGACCAUACAGAAGCUGCAGGAAAUUAUGAAGGAGGGCGGCGAGGACGGAGACGUGCGUAGGGUGUUGCAAAAGUCGCACGAGGCUCAAGUGGAACACUGGAGAGCUGUAGGCACACAAUCGAUGCAACAGGACACGUCCAAGAUUGGCGGCAUGUCGGGCGGCGUCAAGAUAAGCUUCAGCAAUGAUGGCUCGUCGGGCUCGUCGACGAACGCCAGACGAAAAACGACUACUUCGUUGCCGUUGAGUUCACCCAGCUCGCAAAACGUUAAAAGCAUGCACAGUAACGUGCAUAAUGUCACAGGUACAUAAGCGACAUUUAAGUGCCAGCAUAACAGUGUGUCUCGUCCUCGUCGAGCAGCAAGACUCAUUCACGAUAGUUCGAUGCGGAAUUCCGUUUAUCGGUGGAAGUUUUGCGGAUGCGAUCUCCUUUGACAUGGAGCAACCCGGAAUAAGAUCACGAUCGUUCAACGUGCAGUUUUAUUAUCGAUUAGAGUGAAAAUUGGAAUACCGUUGAGUGAUAAUUCGCCGGCAAAUAUGCAAAAGUACAAACUAUAUAGUGCAAGUGACGGAGAGAGCACAAGCAACACGAUGCUACAUUGCAAAUCUAUGCAAGAUGAGCGAGAGCGAGAAAAUACCACCGAAUAAUCAACGGCGAAAAUUGGUUCUGGACGCGAUACGCCGAGCAGCAUCGGCAAGCAUCGCCGCCAGCCAGAAACCGUCCGCGAAUGGAGGUAGCUUUCAGUAUAGCUAUUAACCCAUUGGUAACAAUAAGAUCGAUCUCGCGUGUUUGUAAUGCAAAUUGUACUUUUUUCUUUCUUUUUUUUGUACAGUAUUUGUUGCAAAUAAUAUAAAUAAGAUGCAAUUGAAAUUCUUAAAUGAGCCGAAUGAUUAUCGUGCUAGUUAGAUUCGAUUUUCGAGAUUUAAUUUAAAGCUGUAAAUGAUUAUACGUAUAUAGUCGAAUCGAGAAUGAAGAAAACGGGGAAAAGGAUACCCGGCGAACGACUCUAUCCUGUUCGUCUCUGUGUCGAUGACUCCGAUCGCGAACAAUAAACGAACGAUGCCUCUCGCGGGCGUGCAACUUUUGUCAUAUAUUAUACAUUAUUUUUCUUCUUGUUUUUUCUCUAGUCAGUGGUGUUUCAUUAUUUCACUCUUUCUUUAAAGCUUUUAUUUACAUGGUAUUUCCGGUAGUUUUUUCCCGUAUAUUUGCAACUGAUUCAUAAAACUCGCGAAGUUACUAUAUUCCAGAAAUAACGCAGAUUCAUUUUGUCACGUGUUGUAGCAGAUGAAUGUGAAGAACAAAGGAUCUCAUGAUUCAAAGAUUGAUUUCUGGGGGAGACCUUUAGUUUUUUGGAAGCAUGAAUAAACAAAAUUCUAAUUUUACUCACCGCUUACAUAAGGCAAACUCGAAAUGACAAAAUGUUCUUUUACAUACAUCGAUAGAUUAUUCUUUUAUAUAGCGGAAUAUGCAUGCUCUUUUUAGUAGAUUAAUCGUAGCUGAACGUUACUUUUUAUCGUUUCGAUCUUUUUCUUUUUGAAGAGAUAGAGCGAAAAGAGUAAGGCGAACGCUGAAUGUGAUGAAACAGAAUGCUAUGUCUGCAAUUUCCGAUAUUUCUGCGAACGUGUAUUUAUAUACGUGUAUACAUGUAUAUACAUACAUAAAAGUAUAUUAAAACAAACAAAUUGUGAGGCUGUAAAUUAUACAUUUUCUACAUCGAGAGAGACGGAUCGGUAGAGCGAAAGUGCCUUUUUACCAAACCAAGUGUAGAUCUGAAUCCAUGGAACGACGGUCGACAAUUUGAAAGAUAUCGUUUUGAAAUUCGCGAAUUAAUUAUUAUAUUAUCUCUUCGGAUUAAUGAGAUUAAUCAAUCAUUUACAUUAUAUUAAUCGACUAUUAAUCCCUCUGGCGAUUGUCGUUCUGUCGCGUGUGUAACACACUCUUGGCGAUUCAGAUCUCUAGUAUCAACUAGUAUACUAGAACUGUUAUAAAUUUUGCGUGUAACAUAUUACAACCUUUACUGCCGCGGUCGUUCGAAGAAGCGCUUACAUUCCUUUAUAUAUACAUACUGUCUUCUUUACAUUGUAGGUAGUGUAAUGAAAUUUUUUUAUUCCUAGAACAUACGCCGCCGAUCAAAUGCCGGGGCAUUUUUAAGCUUAACGGAAUUAUCGUUCUCUUCGAUCGACUUCCAAUUCACUGUCCAAUAAUAUAUCUAUAAUAGGUUGUAAAUAAGAAAAUAAACGAUGAAAUAAAAUUGUGGACGUGAGAAAUCUAUAUCACAUAGCUGUCAUUUUCACGAACAAUCAGAGUAUUUUCUUCCUAUUAAUCCUUAGAUUACCGUUUUUAAUCGAAGGAUUAAAGAGAAGGGAUUUCUAGAUAUAAUAUCCUAAUUUAAGCUAAAUCUUGUUUAGAAAGCGCGCAAAAGUUUUACCAUUUAAUUAUUUUAUGCACAUGUGUUGGCGGAAACAAUACCCGAGAAGUGAUUUGUUUUAAGUAGACAAUUACUUUUUACUCAACUUACAUUAAUUGUGAUGCUAUAUAUUUUGUUAGAUAUAAGUGUACAUCUACGAAAAAAUCUUAAUUUUUUAAUCUGGCAACUUUAAACUCUGUCUUUCUACUUGUAACACUGACGUGAAUAUUUUAUGUAAUAUAUAUUAUAUCGCAUAA